AUGGCCUGGGGCCUUCCGACCUGGCUGGGGGGCUCUGCCUCGCCCAAUCCCUCUUUACCGCAAUCGUCGAACCUGCCUCCACGAUCCAAAGACGGCGGCUACGUGGCUCCGGACCGCACGUCUCGCGAACACUGCUACGAGUCGCGCGACAUUUUCUUCCAGUGCCUGGACCGGCACGACAUAUUGGAUGCGGUCAAGGAGGACGAGAAGGCCCGAAAGGUCUGUCCGGCAGAGGUGGCGGCGUACGAGAAGGACUGCGCAAGGAGUUGGAUCAAAUACUUCAAGGAAAAGAGAGUCGUGGAUUAUAAACGAGACCGCACGUUAGAGCAGAUCGCGAAAGAAGACGCCGAAUCGGCCGCAAAGGCAAAAUCCGACAGAAAGGGCAAGUCAUGGUUCGGAUGA